AUGGAUUAUCAAGACGAUUUUUUUUCUGAUUUUCAAGCCAAAAGUGUUAUGCUUUUAAACAGUAACUUUAUUUUCAACCUUGCUUCACUUUAUAAACCUGCGAGUGAUUGCAUUUCUGACUUUUCUCCAAGAGCUCGAGCUAACAAUAUACUAAUCCAUUUAAUUGAAUGAAAAUUUUAAGGAUUAAAAUGUAAUAAUUUACGAAAAUACCUAGUUUAUUUUAACUCAAACAGCAUAAUUUUCCUAAAAUGUAUCAUAGACAAUCUAAAUUCCCCAAAAUUGGGGAAAAUCAAAAUAAAUUACUUACAAAGCCAGCUAAAAGGUUUCGCUUAAAAUCAAGACAAAACAAAUCAAUCAGUCCAUAUCCUAAAACGAAAAUUGAAGUCCCUUUAUUUAGACAUUCUUUAUAUAAGAAAUUUAUUGAUGUAAAAUCGUUAGGAUAUAAAUGUAAAAUCUGCAGACGACUACAGUGCAAAUGCGGGGUUCAAAAUAUUGAUCCUGUAUCAGAAAAAGUUGAAGAGGAUUUUGGUCGCCUAAAAACUAAAAGGAACAGUAUAAUAAAUGAAAUUAGUGAAGAUUUUAGAUAUAUAGAUCGAGUAAGAAGUACAACUCCAAUGUCCAAAAGAAGCUUUACACCAAGUUUAAAGCUGAGAAACUUUUCUCCUGAUAAAGAAUAUCAGUUGAAAAACCAAAACUUGUCUUUUUCUAACUCCGCCCCCCUCCGUGAGUGAACAAAACCAUUGGAAAAAUCCCUAUUUUUUGCCUAAAAACCCACCCUCCGUGAGUGAACAAAAUUUUUUUAAUAGAAAAAUUUUUUAUAGAAAAAAUUUUUUAUAUAUUAAUGAUAAUUAGCAUAAUAAAAUCUAAUGCUAAUUCUGUUUAAUUUUAAACGAAUUGCUUUUUAAAACAUAAAUUUUAUAAAUUAAAUUAAUAUUUGCUUUCCAAUUUUUGCGAAUUAGGAUGUUUUUAAAUUUCGAAAAAAAAAUUUUUUAUAAAAUUUAUAGAUAAAUUUUUUUAAAAAAAAAAAAUUAACCCCCCUCCGUGAGUGAACAAAAUUUUUUUGUUUCACUCACGGAUGCGGGGGGAGUAAGGAUAAUUAUAAAUAG